CCUCCAGUUAGGUAUAGCUUCAUCACGGACAACCACACCAAUUAUCCUCAAGCAUUCCUUCUUUGCAUACAAGCAUCAUAGCAUCGCCGUUCAAAGAACCUUAGAAGCACGAUACACGCCACACCUUCGACAUGGCAACAUCAGACGAGAUGUCGCUGCUAGACCGCGUCUUCGCCGCCAAAUCCACCGAUGAGUCGCGCGAAUUAUACGACGAAUGGGCAAAGACUUACGAUUCCGACAUGACUUUACACGACUUCACCGCGCCACGCCUUGUCGCCCAAGCAGUGGCCCGAGGUCUGAAGCUCAACCACAUCUCACCCGACAAACCUCUCGCCGACCUAAAAAUUGCGGAUGCAGGAUGCGGUACCGGCCUUGUCGGGAUUGAACUCUCUAAGCUUGGUGCUACCGAUAUUCUGGGCCUCGAUAUCAGUGAAGGCAUGCUAGCUGUUGCUAAGAACACCGCGGUGUACGAUGACCUGACGACCGCGGAUUUGACGAAGAGAUUGGAGUUUGAGGACGGAAAAUUCGAUGCGCUGACGUGCUGUGGUACGUUUACACAUGGCCACUUAGGACCUGAACCGUUGGAGGAGUUCGUGAGGGUUGUGAAGGACGGCGGGGUUGUUGUCGCAACUGUGCUAGAUAGCUUCUGGGUGGAGAAGGGGUUUGAGAAGGAGGUUCAGAGACUGGAGAAGGAGGAGAAGAUUGAGGUUGUAGAGAAGGACUUGCAUCAGUAUCGGAAGGAUGCCGGGGGUGGGCGCGUACUAAUCUUACGGAAAUUGUGAGCUCGAAGGGUAUGGUGACGGUGCAUACAUUACAGCAAAUGCAAUGAUGAAGGGCCUAAGAGCUUGGUAUAUUAUACUCAUGCACAAAGUGCGGCAUCAUA